ACCCUUAGACUUAUAAUAACUUGAUAACACCCCUUGGUUAACAAUGGAUUAUAUGAAAAGAAUUGCAGUCGAGUGCUUCAUUUUCAAAGCAACAGACAAACACUCCCCCGUUUUCCAUCUUUCAUCUUUCGCCCACCCAAAAGUGGAAAAUUCUCAUACGCCCAAUUUUGAUUGAAUCCGGAUUCACCAUUAUCAUCUUCGUCUUCAGCUUCAUAUCAGCUUCAACAGAUCAAUUAAGUCUCAGAUCUUAAUUUGCUCUUCACAGAUCACCGUAGUUGAUCUUCCCCAGAUCUCGUCUGAAUUAUCAGCUUCUGUAUAAUCAUAUACCUAAUCGCCGGUUUAUUUAGUUUCGUUCUGCUGUAAUCUGGAUCUGAUCGAGCUUUCCCGCGGCUUCCAAGCGGACCCAAUCAUGAAUCCCUUCUCGUCAGGGACGCGUCUAAGGGACAUGAUUCGGGCAAUACGUGCCUGUAAAACUGCAGCAGAGGAACGUGCUGUUGUUAGAAAGGAGUGUGCUUCUAUUCGUGCAGCAGUUAGCGACAAUGACAAUGAUUAUAGACACCGUAAUUUGGCAAAGCUCAUGUUUAUUCACAUGCUAGGGUAUCCCACACAUUUUGGUCAAAUGGAAUGCCUCAAGUUAAUUGCAGCUCCUGGGUUUCCAGAGAAGAGAAUAGGAUAUCUUGGACUUAUGCUGCUUCUCGAUGAAAGACAGGAAGUUUUGAUGCUUGUCACCAAUUCAUUAAAGCAAGACCUUAACCAUACCAACCAGUAUAUUGUGGGACUGGCUCUUUGUGCUUUGGGCAAUAUAUGUUCUGCUGAAAUGGCUCGUGAUCUUGCACCUGAAGUUGAAAGGCUGCUGCAAUUUCGAGAUCCAAAUGUUCGGAAGAAAGCAGCACUAUGCUCUAUUAGGAUUGUAAAGAAAGUCCCCGACCUUGUAGAGAAUUUCGUAAACCCUGUUGCUUCCUUACUCAAAGAAAAGCAUCAUGGAGUUCUUUUAACUGCGAUGCAGCUUUGUGCAGAUCUGUGUAUACUGAGUGAAGAGGCUCUUGAAUAUUUCAAGAAGAGAUGCACGGAGGGCUUGGUAAAAGUUCUGAAGGACGCUGUGAACAGUCCAUAUGCUCCCGAAUACGACAUUUCUGGGAUUGCCGACCCUUUUCUUCAGAUAAGAUUGCUGCGCCUUUUACGCAUAUUGGGCCAUGGAGAUGCUGAUGCUAGUGAUUGCAUGAAUGAUGUUCUUGCUCAGGUGGCAACAAAAACUGAGUCAAACAAGAAUGCAGGGAAUGCCAUCCUUUAUGAAUGUGUAGAAACUAUUCUGAGCAUUGAAGAUAGUGGUGGCUUGCGUGUUCUUGCAAUUAAUAUUUUGGGGCGGUUCUUGUCAAACCGUGACAACAAUAUCAGAUAUGUUGCAUUGAACAUGCUGAUGAAAGCAAUAUCAGUCGAUGGUCAAGCCGUGCAGAGACAUCGUGCAACAAUCUUAGAAUGUGUGAAGGAUUCAGAUGCUUCAAUUCGCAAAAGAGCCCUUGAACUUGUGUAUCUUCUGGUGAAUGAGAGCAAUGUAAAACCUUUGACCAAGGAGUUAAUUGAUUAUCUGGAAGUAAGUGACCAGGACUUCAAGGGAGAUCUUACUGCAAGAAUUUGCUCCAUUGUGGAAAAGCUUUCCCCAGAUAAACUUUGGUACAUUGAUCAAAUGCUCAAGGUUCUUUGUGAGGCUGGAAAUUAUGUAAAGGAUGAAGUAUGGCAUGCUCUAAUUGUUGUCAUAACCAAUGCAUCUAACCUCCACGGAUAUACAGUAAGGUCACUCUAUAGAGCAAUCCAAACAUCAGUUGACCAGGAAGCAGUUGUUAGGGUGGCAGUAUGGUGCAUCGGAGAAUAUGGUGACUUGUUGAUGAACAAUACUGGAAUGCUUGAUCUAGAGGAACCUAUAACUGUAACAGAAUCUGAUGCAGUGGAUGUUAUAGAACUUGCUAUCAAGCGCCAUACAUCUGAUCUUACUACUAGGGCAAUGUGUUUGAUUGCUUUGCUGAAGCUGUCUUCACGUUUCCCUUCUUCUUCACAGAGAAUAAAAGACAUUGUUACUCAAUCUAAAGGAAGCCUUCUGCUUGAACUGCAGCAGAGAUCAAUUGAGUUUGAUUCCAUAAUUGAAAAGCAUCAAAAUUUAAGGGCUGCCCUGGUUGAGAGGAUGCCAGUUCUUGAUGAAGCCACUUACAGUGGAAGGAGGUCUGGUUCUGUGCCAGCAGCUGUUUCCACCUCACAGGGAAAUGCACUACAUCUUCCAAAUGGAGUUGCCAAAAUGGCUGAUGCCCCUCUAUUAGACUUGCUUGAUCUAAGUGUAGAUGAACCUGCAGCACCUAAUUCUUCGGGUGGCAAUUUUCUUCAGGACCUUCUUGGUGCUGAUAUCUCAUCAUCUUCAUCACAAUCAGUUUCAGGUAAAAUUCAGGCACAAAAAAGUGGCACAGAUGUUCUGCUGGAUCUAUUGUCAACCGGGUCAGCUCCGGCUCAAAACGGCUCAUCUACACCUGAUAUAUUUUCCAUAAGUCAAGAUAAUAAAACUUCAAUUAGUGCUUUAGAUAGUCUUUCAUCACCUAUGGUACCGCCAGUACAAGCCUCGCCUAUAACAGGAGGUUCCCCUAUGGACUUGUUAGACGGAUUUGGUCCUAACCCCCCAGUACCUAAAGACAAUGGUCCUGCACAUCCACCAAUUGUUGCAUUUGAGAGCAGUUCGUUGAAGAUAAUUUUCAACUUCUCUAAGGAACCCGAAAGUCCGCAGACAACACUCAUUGAGGCAAAUUUUACAAACAAGUCUUCAGAGGUUUAUACAGAUUUCAUCUUCCAGGCAGCAGUGCCGAAAUUCCUUCAGUUGCAUUUAGAGCCUGCUAGUGGUAAUACUCUUCCUUCGAGUAGCAGUGGAUCAAUAACACAGAAAUUACGAGUUACCAACAAUCAACACGGCAAGAAAUCGAUCAUGAUGCGUAUACGAAUAAGCUACAAGUUGAAUGGGAAAGAUAUGUUGGAAGAAGGGCAAAUCAGUAACAUCCCUCGCGACUUGUGAGGUUGGUGUGUAGUGUUUUUUAGUGCAAUUUUUUGGUUUUGUUGUUUACUCUUUUUCAAUUUCAUAUAUUAAUUGGGAGUUGGGGUUUAUAGAGACAAUGUGGGUUGUAAUAUGUAGGCAUUUGGAUUGUUGAGUUAAGAACUUGUCUUUUUCUUCCUUCAAAUGUGGUUUUUGUAUAUUAUGAAAACAAAACAUAAUUUUGUAUGCAAUUGUGAGGAUCAAAUUUUGCUC